CUUAUUCCUUUGAACACUUUGACCAGUGCUGCUUCUCCUUGACUACAUUGCGUUUAUUAUAGCUUACUGUCAACACUGCCAGCAACAUUUUCUGGAUAUAAAAUCUCUGGAACAGCACCUUCGAUCCUCUAAGCACUGCUGUGAUAGAUGUCAGAAAUUCUUCAAAUCUCCCCGGUCAAAGAAACAGCACAUGGAAAAUUCAAAGUGUCAGAGUGUACAUCUAGUCGGCCGUUCAUGCCACCCCAAUGUCCGUUCCAAAGGACCACAACGCGCCUGGUAAGGACGGAGUGAUAGCUCUCUACCAAUGAUGAUUGGGGUCGCCGUCACAGAUAUCUAUCCCGCAUAUCUCGGAGUGCCUCGGGAUGCAGUCAUGCCCAUUUUUAGAAUGGCAUGUCGCCUCCGUUUUAUGAAGCCUGAUAUGGAUACCUUAUUGCGACAUAUCAACACACAAUUAGAUCAUAUGAUUGUCGCAGCCCUCAUCGAGGCUGCCCUUCGUCUCUUGCCACCUGACAACACGCCCGAAGGGAAGGAGAGACUGCAGAAAAAGAUAAGGGAUGCGCAGCUAGCGGAGAACAGCUUUACCGACCAAAUAAGAGCAAUGGACUAUCGGUUCCUCACUGAAAGUGAGCAAAAAAAACAAAACCUGCAAUCAACACCUGAUAUUCGGUUCCUGGAGCCUGUAUCAAUCCAUGGGAAAUUGUGUCACUGGUUAGAAUACAAAAACUACUUUGGAUUCAAAGCAAAUCCAUUUAUCGCUACGAAAACAAGGAAGCAAUUGCAGAGAUACUUGUCUGCUCUUGGGCCAGGCGCAGUGAUCUAUCGUUUGGGAUUCGAAAUUGAUCACAUAUCGAUAGAGGGAGUCCAAUCUUUCCGCGAGACAGAAAUAUUGUAUUCCCUCAAGCAGCAAUCCAGGGCUAAAUUAAGUAUGAAAUAGACCCUGAGUAGACCGAGCCAGGUGGAGAUAGCGGCUACCCUCUACAGACAGUUGCUAAUCCCAAACUCUUCCGUUCCUGUAUCCGACUUUCAUUUGUCAUUGUUUUUAAUUUUUGAUUUUGAUCUAUUGGAAUUCUAACUAAAUUCCCA